CAGCCCGUCGGCCAUAUUGCCGCGCCUCGGUCGCCGGCUGGGCGUGGGGGGAAGGGAACCUGCUCCAAAACACCUGCUGUUUUUGUGGCAGUGAGAAAAGCUGCGGGGGACUUCAGGGGUCCCAGGGCCGAGAGCCGGGGCUUUGCGAGGAAGAAUCAGGGCGGACCUCGGCUGUGCUUCUGUCUCUCUCAAGGAGCCCGACUUUCCGCGUCUUCGCCCAGGACAGCCAGCGAAAAUGCCAAAGCCGGUCAAUGUCCGCGUCACCACCAUGGACGCUGAGUUGGAGUUUGCCAUCCAGCCCAGCACCACGGGGAAGCAGCUCUUCGACCAGGUGGUCAAGACCAUCGGUCUGCGGGAGGUGUGGUACUUUGGCCUUCAGUACAUGGACAGCAAGGGAUACUUCACCUGGCUGAAACUCGAUAAAAAAGUGGCGUCCCAAGACGUAAAGAAGGAGAACCCACUGCAGUUCAAAUUCCGGGCCAAGUUCUUCCCAGAAGACGUGUCCGAGGAGCUGAUCCAGGACAUCACGCAGAAGCUGUUCUUCAUGCAGGUGAAGGAGGCCAUCCUGACCGACGAGAUCUACUGCCCCCCGGAGACGGCAGUGCUGCUCGCCUCCUACGCCGUCCAGGCCAAACACGGGGACUUUGCCAAAGACGUGCACCGCACUGGAUACCUCACUUCCGACCGUCUGCUGCCCCAGCGCGUGCUGGAGCAGCACAAACUCUCCCGAGAGCAGUGGGAGGAGCGGAUCCAGGUGUGGCACGAGGAGCAUCGCGGCAUGCUGAAGGAGGACGCCAUGCUGGAGUACCUGAAGAUAGCACAGGACCUGGAGAUGUACGGUGUCAACUACUUUGACAUCAAGAACAAGAAGGGGACCGAGCUGUGGCUGGGGGUGGACGCUCUGGGGCUCAACAUCUAUGAGAAGGAGGACAGACUGACUCCCAAGAUUGGAUUCCCCUGGAGUGAAAUCAGGAACAUCUCCUUCAACGAUAAGAAGUUCAUCAUAAAGCCCAUCGACAAAAAGGCUCCGGACUUCUUGUUCUAUGCCCCCCGGCUGCGCAUCAACAAGCGCAUCCUGCAGCUAUGCAUGGGCAACCACGAGCUGUACAUGCGACGCCGCAAACCCGACACCAUCGAGGUGCAGCAGAUGAAGGCGCAGGCCCGUGAUGAGAAGCAUCACAAGCAGAUGGAGAGAGCCCAGCUGGAAAAUGAGAAGAAGAAGAGGGAGGCCAUCGAGCGAGAGAAGGAGCAGAUGGAGAGGGAGAAGCAGGAGCUGAUGAUGAGGCUGUACCAGAUCGAGGAGAAGACCAAGAAGGCCGAGAGAGAACUGCAUGACCAGAUGCAGCGCGCCGUUCAGCUGGAGGAGGAGCGCCGACGGGCAGAGGAGGACGCCAUGCGCCUGGAAGCGGAUCGCCAGGCCGCACUGUUGGCCAAGGAGGAGCUGGCCAAGCAGGCUGAGGACCAGUUGAAGGGCCAGGAGCAGCUGGCAGCGGAGCUGGCGGAGCACACGGCACGGAUCGCCCUGCUGGAGGAGGCUAAACGCCGUAAGGAGGUGGAAGCCAACACAUGGCAGCUCAAGGCCGAAGAAGCUCAGAAGGACCUGGAAAAGACCAAGGAGGAGCUCCAUGGGGUGAUGAUGGCCCCUCCCCCUCCUCCACCGCCCCCCGUCUACGAUCUCGUGGACGACAAUGAGCAGGAGGACGGUGAGGAGAGCAACAGCAGCUACAGUGCAGAGUUCCAGAAUGAGGGCAUCAAUGAUCACCGUAAGGAGGAGGACCGCCUCACCGAGGCCGAGAAGAACGAGCGCGUGCAGAAGCAGCUGCAGGCUCUGACCUCCGAACUGGCCCAGGCCCGUGAUGAGAGCAAGAAGACCCAGAAUGACCUGCUCCACACAGAGAACGUCCGUGCUGGUCGCGACAAGUACAAGACGCUGCGGCAGAUCCGCCAGGGCAACACCAAGCAGCGGAUCGACGAGUUUGAGGCCUUGUAACGGCCACGUCCUGUACCCCUGGCUCUGCCCGGCGCCCCUUUCUGAGUGGUUGCUGCACUGCCCCCACCCCCCCACCCUGUAGACACACCCCCUUCACCCUGCAACGGAGAGUUCCUGUAACACUGCCGUGCCAAACUGAGUUUUCCCGAUUUACCGAAUCUGCAUGCUGUCGCUGUCACUGAAAUGACAUCUGACACGGUCAAAAAAAAUAUGCCGCUUUUCUACGGCUUGAAAAGGAGGAGAUCGUUUAGAUUUUUUUUUUUGUAGCUAAAAACAAAAGUGAAAUCGUGAGAGAGGGUGGCAGCGAGUCUCGCUGAGGGGGGGCUGCUUCUUGGGUGUGGAGGGAUCACUCUGAAAGAGCAGCAGCCCCAAGCUGCCCUUGUCUAGGCCCCAAAAAGCUGACCAUCUAUUCAUUUUAUUUUCCAUUAUAUUUGAACACUUCCACUUGUUUAUGUCCAGAAAUCAUGCAUAGGUGAGUGUUUGUAUAUGGGUCAUUCCAAAAAGGGUAUUUCAACCUACUUUGUAUAUUUUUGCUAUUGCAGUAUAACAAAUUUAAUUUGUAUUAUAAAGUUCCUAUAUGAACCAAAAUAAUGGUAGAUUUGUGUUCUAUAUAGUUGAUUUAAAGAGAUUUAUUUGUAAAUUAUUACUUUUUUAUUAGUAUAUAUUUGGCUGCAUGUUAUUAAAUCAGUUUAGGAAGCUGUUAGAUGUUGAUUUUUGUCACGCAGCUUUUCGGAGUUAAUCGUAACCCUCCAGAGUCUGCCGGCCACCUUCUGACUGUGGAGAGACGUUCUCCUCAAAGCACUGUGCUUUAAAUACUCCGGGGCCUGGCUGGAGCUUAACCUCUCUUCUGUCAAUUUUUAAGAUUCAGGAUUUUGCAUCCCUGUCCGGGUAGAGCAGGAAAUGUGCCGUCAUGUAAAUUUACAGGAAUUAACAGUGUGCGAAAUCUAAACAGCAUAACAUUUUCCCCUCUGUAUUGCUGUCCUGUAUUGAAACUUUUUUUUUUUUAAUGAAGUGUUCAACAUUAUGGGCAAUAAUAAAGGAAAGCCGUGACAAAGGUC